AUGUUCAAAGUUCAUGAGCACAGUAGAUUCCCUGACUACCUUUCUCUCAUCGCUAUAUACCAAGCAGGUGUCAGUGAAAUCACAGCCGUUGAAAUAUGGCAGGAGGAUUGCCAGGAAUGGGUGUGUAUGAGAAGGGCAUAUGGAGCAGUGUGGGACAUGCCUAACCCACCAAGGGGACAACCAGAGGGAGCCAUAAACGUAAGGAUCCAAGUGACAGGGAGUUCUGGUUCAAAGUGGGUCCAGCUUAAGAAUUUGAUUCCUAGCGCGUGGAAGGUUGGGGCUGCUUAUGACACUUCUAUACAGCUUGAUUAAGUCAAGUCAAUCUCCAUCAUCAUGAUUCAUGAUGCAAUAUCUAUAUGUGUAUAUAUAGAUAAGCUAGCAAAUAACACGUGUUUUGCUUUGUUAAUUGUGUGGUUAAUCUUAUAUGUCGAUUUAAUGUGUAGUUGAGUGUUGAGAUAAGUUAUUUCUGAUAACUGUCAUGCUUGAAUAAAUGAUACUCGGCAUUUUGUUUCGUGAUGUUGUUGGUUGUUUCAUACUCUGCAUUUUGUUUCAUAUUUAAGGAAGAAAU